GUCAUUUGUCUUCUGUCAUUCACCCACAAGUUAGUGGCCAGCUUAUUUUUACAUAUUUUUAACAACGAAAAUGCAUACUUUAUAAGUUUUCGACCGAGAAAGUUUUUAUCACGUAACCAUGGCUCUUACUUACAGAGCAAUAUUUAGGAAUUGUAAUUAUAUUCAGAGUAUAACCAAACCGGUGAAAUGGAGUGUUGGAAAAAAUAUUCCAAUAAGAAUCUUGGCAAGUGGAGUUUGUUAUCAACAUAAUUACAGACAUAUACCAUUGUUAGAAACGAAAGGCGCAGAAAUAUUUACGAUUCGACAAUGUUCGACACAAGGAAAUGCCCAAAAAUCUCCAUCAGAUACAGAGGAAAAAAAACUUGGCCUCAUACAGAGGUUCAAACAAAUGUACAGGGAUUAUUGGUAUGUUUUAUUACCGGUUCAUAUGGGGACGUCGGCGAUAUGGUUUGGUAGCCUUUACUACGCAGUCAGAAGUGGUGUUGAUGUUAUAAGUAUUUUGGAGUCAAUAGGAGUCAAUGACACAUUAUUGACACCACUUAGAGACUCCAGUGCUGGAUAUUUCGCCCUGGCUUUUGCAUUUUAUAAACUUAUUACACCACUGAGAUAUGCUGUAACUGUUGGUGGAACUACAUAUGCUAUCAAAAAAUUGACAGCAUUGGGUUGGAUUAAGCCCGUGCCUUCACGGGAACGUAUCAAAGAAAUGCUUCAAGAAAAAAAGGAUAACUUACAAGAUCGCUUCCAAGAGAGCAAACAACACUAUCAGACACAGAUGAAAGAAAAGAGAACCCACAUGAUGGACGAAAUGAGGAGGUACAAAACUGAAAUGCGCAAUAUGAAAAACAAGGUGAAGAAAAUGUAAAGUAAUGACGGCAAGGCUAUCAAAUUUUAUCGAUGACUUCAGGAAACUAAUGUAUUACAUUUUUUGUCUUAUGAUGCUAGUGGAGAAUUUUUAGAAAAAAAUAUGAUACUACCUUAGCAAUCUACAACUGCGUGAGACCCAUGUGAUCAUUAAAAAUUAAAACCAGUUGUAUAUUUUGAAAUAUUUAUUGUUUAAAAUAAUUAAAUAUAAAAAUUAUUCCUUAA